AUGCGCGUAGCAAGCGCUGCACAGGCGGCCCUCAAAAAAGCACAAGAAGACGCUGCGGGCCUGACUCCCGAGUACGUUGCCGCAAACAUGGCGCCCGAAGAAGCCCAACGGCUGUCGCGAGUUCGCAACAUUGGCAUUGCCGCCCAUAUCGACAGCGGGAAGACGACAGCAACGGAAAGGGUUCUCUUCUACACUGGCCGGAUCAAGGCAAUCCACGAAGUUAGGGGAAAAGAUUCAGUGGGCGCCAAGAUGGAUUCCAUGGAGCUGGAACGGGAAAAGGGAAUCACGAUUCAGUCUGCAGCCACGUUUUGCGACUGGAAAAAGACAGAGGACGGCGAGGAGAAGACAUACCAUUUCAACUUGAUUGACACGCCUGGCCAUAUUGACUUCACCAUCGAAGUCGAGCGAGCCCUUCGAGUCCUGGACGGUGCCGUCAUGAUUCUUUGCGCUGUCAGCGGCGUGCAGUCCCAGACCACCACCGUCGACCGCCAGAUGAAGCGAUACAAUGUCCCGAGGCUCUCCUUCAUCAAUAAAAUGGAUCGCAUGGGCGCCAAUCCCUGGAAAGCCGUGGAACAGAUCAAUUCGAAGCUCAAGAUGCCCGCCGCAGCUAUCCAGAUCCCCAUUGGGGCCGAGGACGAAUUCGAGGGCGUCGUCGACCUGGUUGAGAUGAAAGCCUUGUAUUUCGAAGGACCACGCGGAACCAAGGUUCGGGUCUCCGACCAAAUACCUGGCGCUCUACUAGAACUGGCUGCCGAGAAGCGCCAAGUCUUGAUUGAGAAGCUGGCCGACGUCGACGACGAGAUCGCCGAACUUUACCUCGAUGAAAAAGAACCAUCAAAGUCGCAGAUCAAAGCCGCCAUCCGACGAGCAACCACCGCACGUGCCUUCUCCCCAGUCCUAAUGGGAUCUGCUCUGGCCGAUAAGGGAGUCCAACCUAUGCUCGAUGCUGUUUGCGACUAUCUCCCGAAUCCAUCCGAGGUGGAGAAUACUGCCCUGGACAAGACCCAAGGCGAACGGGCGGUCAAGCUUGUACCAUACAACUCGCUGCCCUUUGUCGGGCUGGCCUUCAAGCUGGAGGAGAACAACUUUGGACAGCUUACAUACAUCCGCGUCUACCAGGGCAUGCUCACCAAGGGAUCGUACCUGUACAACUCGAGGACAGACAAGAAGGUCAGAAUCCCACGCAUAGUUCGCAUGCACUCGAACGAGAUGGAGGAUGUGUCUGAGGUUGGCGCCGGCGAGAUUUGUGCCGUCUUCGGCGUUGACUGCGCAUCGGGAGACACCUUCACGGAUGGGGGGCUCCCCUACAUCAUGUCAUCCAUGUACGUGCCGGACGCUGUCAUGUCGCUGUCCAUCAGGCCGAAGCGCACUACCGAAGCGGACAGUUUCAGCAAAGCGAUGAACCGAUUCCAGCGCGAGGACCCGACAUUUCGAGUACACGUGGACGCCGAGAGUGAAGAGACGAUCAUCUCAGGCAUGGGCGAGCUGCAUCUCGAGGUUUAUGUCGAGCGCCUGCGUCGAGAGUAUAAGACGGACUGUAUCACGGGCCAGCCCCGUGUGGCCUACCGAGAGACGAUUUCCCGACGUGCCGAUUUCGACUACCUGCUGAAACGCCAGAGCGGUGGCCCCGGCGAUUUUGCACGCGUGGCUGGCUGGAUUGAGCCCAACGACAAGCCGGAUGAGAACUACUACGAGAGCCAGGUCGUGGGCGGCCACAUUCCAGACAAGUUUCUGACGGCCUGUGCCAAAGGGUUCGACCUUUCCUGCGAAAAGGGUCCCCUCCUUGGCCACCGCGUCAUCGGAGCGAAGAUGAUUGUCAAUGACGGAGCCACUCAUGUUACCGACUCCUCGGACUAUGCUUUCAAUCUCGCCACACAAAUGGCGUUUCGCAAAGCCUUCCCUGAUGCUGGUGGUCAGGUCUUAGAGCCGCUGAUGAAGACGACCAUUACGGCUCCCAACGAAUUUCAGGGCAAUAUUCUGAUGCUCAUGAACAAGAGAAACGCUACUAUUCACGACACCGACAUUGGAAGCGAGGACUUUACACUAAUUUGCGACUGCAGUCUCAAUGCCAUGUUUGGGUUCAGCUCACAGCUACGGGCGGCGACCCAAGGGAAGGGGGAGUUCAGCAUGGAGUUCAGCCACUACGCCGCCGCACCCCCUCAUCUCCAGAAAGAAUUGAUUGCCAAAUAUCAGGCCGAACUCGAGGCGAAGAGAACCAAAUGA